UUUAAGAAGGCCAUUGCAACAUGUUUAUGGCACCGGUGGUCCCGACUAAGAAAACGAUUGAACCAAAACACUACGCUCAUAUUGUGGUCUGGCCGCAUUGCGAAAACUCGAAGUAUCUUCUCUAUUGGUUGGAAAAUGAAUUGAAGUUGGAGGUCAAUGUCUACGAACUCGACGGCAAUUCCGACAAAGCGAGAAUCAUCUGGGACGCUGUUUUCCCCGGGCGCCCUAUUGAUCCGAAGAUAGUCUUUGCCGAAGUUCUGAAGAAAACGGAUUUUGAUUACAUUACGCUCCACCACCUGUCAAACCGCGUCAGAGCUUGCAUCGUUCAUAUAGAAAACAAUAUAUAAUCGUCUUCUCCUCUUUUCAGAACGUGUUAGUCAAGUUUUAAAAAUACUUGCCAACGUUUUUGUUAACUUCUUAAUUCUGAUCAUUUUUGUGUUCUCCGGUUUUCAAAACUCUCCACUAACAGGUAGAAGGUCAUAUUCUUCCAUUCAUCUAUGGUCACUUUUAAUAUGUGUCUGAAAUAUCAUGAACUGUUUUAAAUAACAAAAAAC